UAACAAUUCUUGCAGAACCAUUUGUCUUAAGUUGUUUUUACAAGAAUACAAUGAAGAAUUAUUGCAAGCAUGACAAAAGGGCUGAAUGAAGAGUGGGUUUAACUCAACAAGGAAAGAACAACCAAGAGGGAAUUGGACGCAAUUACGACCUCAACAAGAAGGGCAAAAUUUCCUUGUCUGAACCAACCCAACCCCAAUCACAAAACCCCAUUCUCUCUUGCAAUUCAGGCAUCAAUGGCUAUUACAGCCACCAUUGAUGUCUCAACCAACACUCCAAGAAGAAACUCAACUGGCAACCCCUCAACCAUCCAAAUCACUAAACUUCCAAACUACCUCAGAGCUUCCAUAAGUUCUUGUCACGACAUCUGCAAGUACGGCCCGAAGCCGCCGCAUUUGUCGCCUUCUCCUAGUGCAGUCAGAGAAGAUAAAAGAGGAGUUAUUGUUCUGCCGAAGCAAAUAACUAAAAAAGUCGCAAAAGGAUCGUCGUCAUUCGGAAAGCCAAUCCCUCAGCCCGUAAGAAAACAGACAGCCGAGUCUAAGUCCUCGAGGAGUAACAACACUGUAAGAACAAGCCGUGAUCAAACAAUCACAGAUGUAAAAAUAAGCAGGAAAAGCAGCUCGACUCUGCCACGCCUGUCUUCGUCCGUUAAAACUACUGCAGCUGUAAAAAGCAAAACGAUUAAGAGCAUUCCCGACAAGGCUUCGUCCCCGUCGACGACAAAAAGCGACGUCGGGAAGCCACCGACUCAACCUUCAAAGAGCGUCGAUCGAGACAGACAUGCCAUCGAUCAGACAGAUGAAAACCGAAUCGAUUCGGAGGAUGAAGGAACGACGGGAGUUUCGAGGCGCGAAAAAGUUCUCCCCGAAGAGGACGAUUCUCCGAGGAAGCUGAGUUUCAGACAACCAAAUAUGCUCGAUAUUCAUCAAAUCGAAAGUGUCGAACCUGUGGGAUUAAUGAGGACGGUUUCCAGCGACGAGAAAACGCAGCCGACGAGCCAUACGAUCACGGCUGAUCUUCACCAUCAUCCAGACAUGGCUCAAGCAGACAAAAACUCGGUACUUAUGAAUAUCGUGAUCGAAGAGGCUGCAAGCAAAUUGGCGCGGGAGAGAAUGAGUAAAGUGAAGGCUUUGGUAGGUGCCUUUGAAAGUGUAAUAAAAAUCUGCGAUUCCGAAAUAAGCUUGAGAACAUCGAAGAUGUUAUGAAAAUUAAGCUUAUAAACACUUUCUAUAUGCAUUUCGAAGUAUAACUAAACUAAACCCUAACGGGUUUCGAUAUAUAUACUUCCUCUCUCGUUCAAAAGCAUGCUCAAACUUUUGGAUACAAAUUUUAACAUGAAUGUGAACUUUUUCUUACAUUUUUACUUUUAUAGUAAAAAAAGUACAAAACUUUUUAGAUGGGGAAUGG